UGUUUGAAGCCUACUGCUCAGGCCAGUGGUAAAACACAUCAAGGGACUAAGAUGCCCCCUCAUCAUAUUGUUCACGACAGUAUGGAGAUUGAUCUUGAUGGUCUGGACGCCAAUUCGGAAACAAAUAUUGGGAGUGAUAAAGCUGGUGACAUUGGAGAGACUAGCAAGAUCCUUUCUCUUGAUGCCAACCCAGACUCUAGUAUAGCGGCUGGGGAUGUAUUUGAAGAAAGAAGUGAGUGGACCAGGGAUUCACUGCCAGCAUCAGCAUCAGGUAUAUCUCUGAGGCGUGCAGUAUUGAAAGAAGACAUUUAUAUGGGGAUUCUUGAUGGAAAAAACAUGGAAGUUUCAUUUGACAGUUUCCCAUAUUAUCUAAGUAAUGAAGAGCUGGUCAGGCAGAAAGAUGAGGUAGAUGUGAAGGUUGGCGAUCUGCAGAAGGAGCUGGAGGGCGAGUGGGCUAAGGCAGUGGAAGAGAGGAGGAGCCUUCAGAAGGAGUUGGAAGCAGAGAGAGCCAAGGCAACGGCGGAAAAGGAGAGCCUGAAAAAGGAGUUGGAGGAGGAGAGGGCUAAGGCUGCGUCUGAAAGGGCGACCCUGCAGAAAGAGCUGGACGAAGAGAGGGCAAAGGCAGCCUCUGAGAGGGUGGCCUACCCUGAUCUGUGCGACAUCACGGUGCAGCAAUUCAAAGGGUCUGCUGAAUUUCAGAUGGCAGUUGAUGUCGCGGUCGCCAGCAGCUUGGCUAGGCAAGAAUCGGGGAGGGCGGGCCCAUCGAGGACGACCGCUGGACGCAGAACUGAAGCAGAAGUUAUUGAGAUCUUCCAGCAGUCAGAUUUCUAUAAACACGAAACGGCUGAGUUCUGGGACAGUGGCUGGAAGAUGUGUAAGCGUAGAGCUGAAGAACUGUUCCCAGACUUAGACUUCAGUAGUGUAACAAUUGGUGAGGAUGAUGUGGCCCAAACCCCCCUGGAUGAGGGUAUUGAAGAAGAGGAUCUCAUCUUUAGUGAAGAGGAGUAACUGGAGAAGAAGAUGAAGACUGUGCACAGACAUUGUUUUUGUUGUUGUUUUUUUUUUUUUUUGAAUUGCUAUAAUGAA